AUGGAACCAAUACCAAUCAAAAGUGAUUCCAGGAAGUCUCUAUGCCGACGUUUACGUAAUCUUUUUGUGUUAUUCUGCCGAUGCACAACAGUUCGCGGUCUUGGCAAGCUAUGGCAAGGUCCCAAAUUUCUCAGAAUUACCUGGGCCAUCUUCGUGGUGUCCAUGAUGUCGGUCCUUAUCAUCGCUGUUGUUCUUCUAAUUGUCGAUUUUCUUAAUUACGAUGUUGGUGUUCAUACUAAACUGCUUCUUGAUGAACCUUCGCCUUUUCCAUCUCUCACAAUCUGCCAUCAUUAUCCCUUUUCCCUGCAAGCUCGAAAGCUUUGGCAAGAAAAGAAGGUUUUGUCACCUGGACAGUUUAAUCGAUAUAUGCGCAAUCUAACCUGGACCAGCCUGCUCAAUAAUGACGUGAAUGCGGCAGAAGCCAUCACAUUUUACGAUAGCCUCUCCGUUUACUAUCAGAAUCUCAAGCCGGAAGAGGCCGUAGCCUUGGGUCAUGAUUACAAAAUCUUCCUAAAUUGUAUGCGAGUUGCUUCUCAGACAAAUAUUAUUGAAGAUGAUUGUAGAGUACUAAGUGGCUACAAAGUUAAACAGUUUUCUCACCACCAGUAUCUCAAUUGUCAUACCUUUGAGCCUGAGAAUCACGCAGAAGCCCUAAGUACAUCCUUUCUUAGUCUGAUCGUCAGUAUGGGUCCUAAAGAAAGCUCCGGUCCCGAUGAACAGGCCUUUCUUACAGAUGUCUUUGAGCAGGCUAAAGGUUUGCGAGUCGUUGUUCACGAACCAGGCACCUAUCCUGACUUGGAAAAGUUUGGUCUACAUGCUGAGCCUGGCAAGUUGAAUGAAAUUGGAUACGAGCCCGUUAAAUGGACAAAAAUGAAUACUCCUACACGACCAUGCUUCCAUACUGCUCCACAGUACAACGAUCUCGACGGAGUCUACAAUUAUACUCACGAGCAGUGUAUAUUACUUCACCAACAAAAAGAGAUUAUAGACGAAUGUGGUUGUCAUUAUGUGAUGAACCCACGACCAUAUUUUCCAACUGAGGAAAAGCCUUAUUGUGGAAAAAUGUGGCCAAGAAUGGACACGGAGAAGUUUGUCAAUCGGCUAAACUGCAUUGUAGGUAAAUUGAAUAUCUCUGUGAAACAGAAGUACGAUGGAACAGUGUGUCAACCUCGUUGUGAGUACUAUACCUAUGAAUCAUCAAUUUCCAUAACAAAGUGGCGUGCGCAUCCAUGGCAACUCUACUGGCUGCGAGUACAGACUCAAGGCGUGCGAUUAGCUAAGGCAUUUGCGGAAAAUAAUACAAAUGUGAGCAUAACCGAAAGUCUGGGUUAUAAAAUGUGGCAACGAUAUUUGGGAGAGAAAAAUUUGGGAAAAAUUCCUGUCGAAGCUACCUGGAAUAAUUUGGCUCGACCUCCCGAUAUACUACGACAUAUAAAUCUGGACAUUGAUGGGAGUGUUUCAACAAAUAGCGAUGGAUUUGCUUACAUUGUGCUCAAGAGAAAGUCACAAAAUACCAAGGACAACACCGAGAAGCUGGUUCUUACUCUGAAUGUCCUUGUCUCGCGAAUUGGUGGCCUCUGUUCAGUUACAAUUGGCAUUACAGCUGCCUGCGUGGUGGAGAUAAUUGAAUUCAUCUACUAUUCCAACAAGCCUAAGAGCAAAGAUCAGGAGAAGUCAAGCAGAAUGACGGGCAACAGUGACCAAGAUAAGGAGAAGAAACGUGAAGCCGUGUGA